AUGGAAUACUACACCAAUCUCUGGAAAGGGCACGUCUUCCAUAUAAUCUCCGAGGUCGACGAAGACUCGGAAGAGUUGUCAAGCCCCAGCGACUCCCAAUCCCCUGUGGCUCCUGUGGAAUCGUCGGAUGAGGAAGACUACAUUACAGAGCAAGAAAGCGCCUCUAUGAGCAGUACCAUCUUCAACGUCGAAACAAUGAUACAAACGAACUAUUACUUCGUGUCAGCGUCCCCGAAUUCCCAAUACCAACUCAUAGCCGAAGCGUCCGAGGCCAUGUCGAAUCCUUCAGCGGGAGACCGUCCCGUCACUCCCAGCCAACGCGAACGCCAUGUGCAGCGUGUAGCACACACGGCUCCUCCGGGAAUGAGGCCACAUCCUCCGCCAUCCAAAGCGCAGAGUCGUGAUCCACUCGCAACGAUCUCGCGAACACCGUGGCCGGCCUCCCCGUCCCCGAGCUCGGCGGCGACGGCGCGGCGCGCCUCGAACUCGGGAAAAAGCCAGGGCCCUACGACCGAGCAACCGACAACGGUGGCGAUGGCCGCGGAGGACGUCGAGGAAGUGCGGGAGGCAAUAAGCCGUCUCACAAUCAACGGAGGCGAUACCACGACGACCGAGCCCUCGAACUGCGAAUAUCACGUCAAACACGGCGUUCUGAAGAGCCCCUCGGACGUUGUGACAAAACGCUUCCUCGAAGAGCUUGUAGAAAAGCUAUGCGCGAAGAUGGGCCGAAGGCUGAGCGCCAACGACAAGGUCAGCCACAUCUACCUCUUCCAGGGGACCGAUUUCCCCGACCGCGUGAAAAUCGGCAGAUCGAAGCGCCCGGAGACACGCCUCACGCAAAUUGCAGAUGGAUGCAAGAUGGAGGGGCUGCGAUUGCUACAUGUGGAGGAGUUGUUCGGGCUUGGGCAGGGUGGAUGA